AGGAGAGUCCUGAAUUUCGCUCGGAAAACUUUGGAGAGCUUCUCGCUGGAACUGGAACUACCCCACGUUAACUGUGCAAUUUAUUGUCUGUGUGCGUGCGUGCUUGUGCCGUUGUUGCGAACGUAAACGUCCCCGAUUUAGGCGUGAAAGUGAAAAAGCGACAGAAAACAACAUCUCGUGAAAAUAUUGUAUCCCACGAUCAGUGACGUAUCAAACCACUACCAACGAAGUGUAAACCUCGUUCCUCCAGCGCAAUUAUCAAGAUGUUUUCCUCAAACCUUGCCCUGCUCGUCGUCGUCGUCGUUGGUUGCAGUUUGUACGGCAUCGCUCACGGAACCGUUGUUGAGUCAUGCGGAUCGACACGCACGUUGGUGCCGAUCGAGGAAAACACGGUCGACAUAAGCAACUGUGAAGUUGGUCCGUGCAAGUUGAAACGCCGUACCGCCGUUAGCAUCAACCAGAAGUUUACUCCGACGGAGGAUAUCAAGAGCCUCGAUACGACCGUGUUUGCGAAGAUCGUGGGCCUUCCGCUGCCGUUCAUCGGUGUCGACGGUACCAGCGCCUGCCCGUUCCUGUUCGCCGAAGAUGGCGAAACAAAGCUCGGUUGCCCGCUGAAGGCCGGUGUCCCGGUGACGUACAAGCGAAGUUUCGACGUGCUGGAAAUCUAUCCCAAGAUCCCGAGCAUGACCAUCCACUGGGAGCUGCAGGCGAAGGGUGGUCGGUCGAUUACCUGCUUCGAGGUUCCGGCCAAGAUUGUGUAAGAUCGUGAACCGGGUACUGGUGGAAAGAUGUUUGUUGCCAAUGUGAUGUGCUAGCCAGGGUUUUAGUUUUAUUAAUAUCUCUGCGACGAAGAUGCACUGAUAAAUAAUUGACAAAUUUUACAGCCAA